AUACGUGGUGAUUGUGAAGACACCACAAAGUGCCGAUGCUGUUUAACCAUGCAGAGAGGGUCGUGGCGACAUGAACAGGCUGGCUAUGGCUGAGUCGUCACAUUGCCGAGUGAAGAGAGCCCAUAUCCUUGCAGACCCAUGACACGGAGCAGAUUACCCCUGGCAUGGACCAGCCAAAGAAUGACAAUGACAAUGACAAUCCCAUUGUUUUGAGAGAGGAAAACAGAAGGAGAAGGCGGAAAAUGCGAGCUAACACAACCAGGACCAUGCAGUACUAUUCACUGGAGCAGCUGGCCAUUGAGUUUGUCCUCCCCACACGCAACAAGCUCAACAAUGUCCACGAGAAGCUCUCCCUAGAGGUGGCUGGCAAUUACACAGUGGAGCAACUGAAAGCCAAGGUUUGGGUGAAAGCUGGUGGCAUCAGCGUUUGCCCAGAUUUCUACCAGAAGCUCAGCCCUGACCAGUUCAGGUUGUUGUACCAGAAGAAGGGUCAGUGGUACGAGAUUUAUGACAAGCAUCAGGUAAUCCAAACGCUGGACUGCAUCAACUACUGGAAAACACUGCAGAGGAACAACGGUAAGAUUCACCUGGCCCAGAAAACGAAAACCUCAAAGGAAUCCUUGCAGUUGCAAAAUGAUUUGAAUUACCUGAUAGGGUAUGAUGUCACUGAUGUGAGCAAUGUACAUGACGAUGAGUUGGAAUUCACCCGGAGGAAGCUGAUCACCCCCCAGCUCAAUGAGGUAGCCAGCAGGGACCCUCGGCUCUAUUCAAUGGAUCCUUGGAUCAUUUCGAAGCCUCUGCCUGAAUAUCUGCUCAAUAAGAUCUGUAACAAUAACAUAUUCAUCGUUAUUCACAGGGGGACGACAAGUCUGACGAUAAAGGUUUCCAUUGACGAGACACCACAAAGCAUUCUGAAGAACUUCUUCAAAAAGGUGGCCAACAAGAAGGGUCUGCUGGAAAUCUCGGAGAACCACAACGAGGAGCACUUUGUCCUUCGGGUCUGUGGCAGGGAGGAUUACAUCGUUGGUGACAACCCAAUAAAGGAUUUCCACUGGGUAAGAAACUGCCUGAAGAAUGGCGAGGAAAUUCACUUUGUCCUUGACGUACCCCCGGAUCCAGCAAUGGAUGAAGUGCAGAAGGAAGAGUGGCCUCUUGUGGAUGAUUGCACUGGGGUUACUGGAUCCCACCAGCAGUUAACUCUCGAGGGAAGAGAUCAUGACAAAGUCUUCACCAUAUCCCUCUGGGACUGUGACAGAAAGUUCCGAGUGAAGAUUAUUGGCAUUGACAUUCCAGUGCUCCCACGGAACACGGAACUGACUGUCUUUGUUGAAGCGAGUAUCUUGCAUGGGCAACAGGUGCUGGCCCAGCAAAGGACCCUUACAAAAGCCUUUACAGAGGAAGUGCUAUGGAAUGUUUGGCUUGAGUUUGACAUUAAAGUCAAAGACCUGCCCAGAGGGGCACGACUGAAUCUUCAGGUUUACUGCGGUAAAGCACCAGUUCAAAGUAUGAAGUCUACCUUUCAGUCUCAAGAUGACAAUGCCUGGGACACCAAGAGCAAGAACCAUAUGCUGUAUUAUGUCAACUUGUUGGUGAUUGAUCAUCGAUCACUCCUCCGACAAGGGGAGUAUGUACUCCACAUGUGGAAAAUUCCUGAUAAAGGUGAAGAACAAGGGACAAUUGAGGCUGACAAGCUGACGUCGGCGACCAACCCUGACAAGCAAAACUCCAUGGCUAUCUGCAUCCUCCUGGACAGAUACAAUUACCCAAUCGCUCUCCCACGAAGUUGUCAGAGUCAGCAAGCUGAGCUGGAGAGGGCGGGCCACGAGAUGCACAGUCAGCUCCGCAAGCAGUUCGAAGAGAUCAUCAGCACUGACCCCCUGAACCCGCUGAGCACUGAGGACAAAGAGUUACUUUGGCAUUUCAGGCAUGAGUGCAUGAGGCAGCCUAAGGCCUACCCGAAGUUUCUCAGCUCAGUAAAAUGGGGGCAGCAGGACGUGGUCCUGAAAACCCAGCAGCUCUUAGACAAACAGGAGAUGUGGAACAGCAGUCCCUUGGAUGUGGGACUUGCAAUGCAGCUUCUGGAUUGUCGAUUUUCUGAUGAGCAUGUUCGGGCACUAGCUGUUGAAAAGCUGGAGACAUUGGACAAUAGUGAGGUGCUGCGAUAUCUCUUACAAUUAGUCCAGGCAGUCAAGUUCGAGCCUUACCAUGACAGUGCCCUAGCCCGAUUCCUCCUCAAACGAGCCUUAAGAAGUAAACGAACUGGCCAUUUUCUGUUCUGGUUUCUGAGGAGUGAAGUGGCUGAAUCGAUGCACUAUCGACAGCGCUACGCUGUCAUUCUGGAAGCCUAUCUCCGGGGUUGUGGGAAAGCUAUGUUGAUGGAUUUCAUGAAGCAAGUCAAGGUGAUGGAGGCCCUGCACAAAAUCACACUGGAGAUUAAAAAUGUCACUGCUGACAAGUAUGACGUUUCAGCUCAAGUGAUCUCGCAGUUAAGACACAAACUUGAGAAGCUGCAAUCAUCUGGUUUCCCACAAUGUUUCCGAGUUCCAUAUGACCCUGGCCUCCGAGCAGGAGCUCUUGUGGUGGAUAAAUGUAAGGUCAUGCCAUCAAAGAAAAAGCCUCUAUGGCUAGAGUUCAAGUGUGCAGACCUCACCUCCAUAUCCAAGGACACUAUUGGAAUCAUCUUUAAACAUGGAGAUGACCUGCGGCAGGACAUGCUGAUCAUCCAGAUCCUUCUAAUUAUGGAUUCAAUCUGGGAGAUGGAAUCUUUGGAUCUUUGUCUUUUGCCGUAUGGGUGCAUUGCAACAGGAAACAAAAUCGGAAUGAUUCAGAUUGUGAAAGAUGCCACAACCAUUGCUAAGAUUCAACAGAGCACAGUUGGCAACACAGGGGCAUUUAAGGAUGAAGUGUUGAAUCACUGGCUGAAAGACAAGUGUCCGAUUGAAGACAAGUUCCAGUCAGCUGUUGAAAGGUUUGUUUAUUCAUGUGCUGGGUAUUGUGUUGCAACCUACAUCCUGGGCAUAGGAGACAGGCACAAUGACAACAUCAUGAUCACAGAGUCAGGAAAUCUUUUCCAUAUUGAUUUUGGUCAUAUUCUUGGGAACUACAAAAGCUUCCUGGGAAUCAAUAAAGAGAGAGUGCCUUUUGUUCUCACUCCUGACUUUCUCUUUGUGAUGGGCACAUCCGGGAAGAAGACAAGCCAACAUUUCCAGAAGUUUCAGGAUAUCUGUGUCAAGGCCUACCUUGCUCUUCGCCACCACACCAACCUGUUGAUUAUACUCUUCUCCAUGAUGGUGAUGACAGGGAUGCCACAACUAACCAGCAAAGAGGACAUUGAAUACAUUCGUGAGACACUUACUGUUGGCAAGAAUGAGGAAGAGGCUAAGAAGCACUUUCUGGAUCAGAUUGAGAUCUGUCGGGACAAGGGAUGGACUGUACAGUUCAACUGGUUCCUCCACCUUGUACUUGGGAUAAAACAGGGGGUUGAGAAACACUCUGCAUAGCUGCUCAAAGAGACAAAAUGGAGAGUGAUAGACAUGGAAGUAGGGGAACAUUUCUCUCUGGAAUCUAGAUUACAGGUCAUUCUGCUAUACCACACGUUUCGUUAACACGAAUUCGCUAUAACGCGAUUGAUGAAUUGGGGACAUUGUUUCUAAAGCGCGAACUUUUAAAACGUGUGUUGGUUGUAAUGUGAUUAUAUUGUCAACAUUUUAAGUGCUGUUUCCAAAGUAUGAUUUUUCUAUAACACAGGGUUGCACAAGAACGCAACCAUCAUGUUAUAGAAGAACUACCUGUAUUCCAAGAUCAAUUUGUUCAGUCAAAAAUAGUUCAGAAUCUAGCUUUUCAAUGUUCCGCUUCAAUCAAAUUUGAAAUGCAUUACUAUUUCCAAAAAAACAACAGCAAAAGUACUGACCAACACUUUCAACUCAAAGAUAUCUUCUCUUUGAAAGGUUGAAACAAUUUCGGUCCUCAGCAUCAUGCAAAUGUAAGUUUCCUUUCACUCGAAGGAAUUAUUCACUAGCUGAAGUCUGCUGGAGAUUUUUAGAAACACGCUUACAACUUUGUUUGGACGAUCAACUGAAGAUCUGUUAAAAACUGUUGUUGGAUCAGGCAGUCAAUUGUUCUGUGAUAUGCAAUUAGCUUCCAACUCCCAGUAGCAGAUGAACAUACAAAACCCAAUCUCUCUUUACUUCAACCCUUCCUCCCAUUACCGUAGAAACACUCUUACUUUAAACGGCACCAGUAGCAGCAAUUGUCUGACUUGUGUUUUAAGUAGUGUUUAUACUGGAUGUGGUGGACACAGCUCUUUUGCAGCCACCCAUUUUUCUGAGUCUUUGGGGUCUAGGUAAAUAACCUGCCAGUUUAACUUGAGAAGGUUGUGCAGCUUUGAAGUUGCACGUUGGCACUUUGUAUCUGCCAAUACGGCAGACUCGCAGAUAUCUCUGAUUCUUCACUCACCUGCCAUGACCUGAGGCUGUUUUAGUGUGGGCCACUAUUGCGCACUCCUGUCACAUUCGAAACUCCAUUUGGAUUGCUGCACUCUGCUACCUCACUUGGUAGAUCAUUUUUGCAAUAUUUCACCCAAUCCUCUGGGACUUGUCACUCUUCCCUGCCUUAAUUUUGAGAGAGGUUCAUGUAUGAUCCAGGCUUUCAAAGUUAUAUCUGAGGAUGAGAAAUCACUGGGAAAAGUUCAGCUGAUUAUUUCUAUUAAUCGUUAGGGUGAGACAGUAAUGGUAAUGUCAGUGGACUACAUUCAGAAGCCAAGGCUAAUAUUCUUAGGAUACAGGUUCAAAUCCCACCUGGUGGAAUUUAAAUUAUAAAUUUAGAAUAUAGGCCACAAUAGAUGUUUGUCAUAAAAACCCAUCUGGCUCACUAAUGUCCUGUAGGAAAGAAAACCUGCCAUUCUUAUGUGGUUUGACCUACAUGCCAGGCCAAACCCACAGCAAUGUAGAUGAUUUUUAACAGUCCUCUGCAAUUGUCUAACAACUCAAUCAGUUCAAGGAUAAUUAGGGGUGGGAAAAAGAUGUCAAUGAUGCUACACUCCACGAAAGAAUAAAGAAAAUAAAACUGUUCAGAAGAAUAUGAAUAAUAUUUUGACAGUCUUAAAGACAGAAAAAGUACUACAAGCAUACGGUCUUUAAAGUGACGGAAUGGAAAGACAAUCGUCUGUUCCCAGCACGAAAUUUCCCUGAGUCUUGAGGAAAUCUCUGUGUUGUCGUUAAGAGCAGCCCAGGAGAACAAUUGCAGGGAUUUUCACUGUAUUUUUCUUCCCCUACUUUCUGCCACAGUAAAUUGUUCAUGCUUUCUUUCAAAUGAACCUUAAAGUCCUUGAAUGUGAAGACAAUCCAUCAACAAUUUAGGGCCUUGUUUGCUUCAAAUCAGUGGUUAGAUUAGAUUAGAUUAGACUUACAGUGUGGAAACAGGCCCUUCGGCCCAACAAGUCCACACCGACCCGCCGAAGCGCAACCCACCCAUACCCCUACAUAUACCCCUUACCUAACACUACGGGCAAUUUAGCAUGGCCAAUUCACCUGACCCGCACAUCUUUGUGACUGUGGGAGGAAACCGGAGCACCCGGAGGAAACCCACGCAGACACGGGGAGAACGUGCAAACUCCACACAGUCAGUUGCCUGAGGCGGGAAUUGAACCCAGGUCCCUGGCGCUGUGAGGCAGCAGUGCUAACCACUGUGCCACCGUGCCGCCCAUGAUGACUGGUUUAAUUCUGUCACAAUGCCUCAUUCUACAAACCACAAACCAUUUUAGCAAAUCUUUUAGAUACUGGUCUCCCUUAAUAAUUAUGCAAAUAUCUGUGUAAGUUGCAACA